AUGGAGCAAAUCUAUGAUAUUCUUGAUAACAUUGACCAUGUAUCAUCUUUUAAGCAACCCCUUGAUCUGGAAAAGGAUGGUACCAAUCCAAGAACCCCAGAAGACAAGGUAGCUGUAUUUUCAAAGUGUAUAGCCCGCAAUGAAAACUCUUUCUCACCUUUAGAAUGUGUACAGAAAAGAACCGUUACAUUUGAAGAAGAAGAGUCCUCCACCUCAGCCAUGUCCUACAUCCCAGCUAUUCCAGUAGAGUCUCCCACUUCAAUCGAUCCAUCUAAUUCAAAAUCAGCGCGAAAGGACAGGCCGGAAGUGCAAGAUAAGUAUGAAACGGAUGAUAAUGACGAAGAAAAAACAACUUCAGAAGAUAAUAUUGAAUGGAAUAAAGAAACCUGUGCCAAAGUUGCAUUUCGUCAAUCAUUCGAAAAAAUACCAGAAACAACAAAGUUAAAAUUAAGCUCUGGUAGAGUAGUUGAGGAUUUACUUUUUAAUUACGUAAAGGACAAUGAUUACGAAGAUCAUGCGCAUUCUUUUAUCAUAAAUUGUGAUAAUCAAGGUAUUAGAGAGUUGUUCAAUGAUGAAGAAUGGAAAGCAUUCCUGAUGUUCCAUCUAAUAUUGCAGAAGAAAUAG